AUGCCGAAGGGCAAGGACGAUCUGCUCGACGCUCUAGAUAAAGGACAGAGACCCAAUGUCCGGCGCGCAAUAUUCACUGCCGGAAGGGCAUUGGAAGCUGCUCAUGCCGAAAGGAUCAUCCAUCGGGAUGUUAAGCCCGAAAAUAUCCUUUUGACGGACGACGGUUCCUAUUUGAUCGAUUGGGAUUAUGCCCGAUAUCUCGGUAAUAGAGCUACCCCACGAGGUGCUGCGGGAACACCACAAUACAUGAGUCCAGAGGCCCUCUAUGCAAUGGAAGAUGAUCCUCAUUUUAAAUAUGAUGGCUUUAGCUCUGAUGUUUAUUCAUUAGCCAAGACAUAUCUGAAGCCUGCUCAAGGCAAAAACUCAUCACCUGGUCUGAGUUACAAGGACACCCGUGACGUUCUAGAAAGAUUUUUCUCCGAACGCGAGUUGCCCACACAAUUACUUGAACUUGGAUACGUGGUGCGAGGAACCGUUCGCACCCCGAAGCCAUGGUUGAAGGAAUAUUUCGACCAGAAAUAUAGCCCCGAUGCCUUUGAGCCUAUGCUUGUGGAAUCUUUUGAGGAUAGAGAAGCUCUCGAGCGGGCUCUGGAUGGGGUGCAGGGACUCGUUCAUUUGACAUCCGAUCUAAGCUUUGGCAGUGACCCCAACGUCGUGAUUCCCUGGGUGGUCCAGGCGACAUUGGCAAUCUUGGAGGCUGCGGCGCAAAGACCCGCGAUCAAACACGGGCACCGUAUUGACGGAAAUACCUGGAAUGAUGCUGCCGUAAGAGAUGCAUGGGAUGAAAAUACUCCUGAAGAACACAAGGGCCUUGCAGUCUAUUCAGCAUCCAAGAUAGAGGGUGAACGACAAUCGUGGAAGUGGAUUGAGACGCAUCGAUCUCAGUUCACGUUCAACACAGUUCUCCCAAGCUUCACGGUUGGAAGGAUCCUCCACCCCGAAAUCUUCGGGUCAACAAUGGGCUGGGUUCGACAAUUACUCAAGGGAGACUCCACGACCUUUGGCAGAUUUCAUGAGCAAUGGUACGUCGACGUGGAAGACGUCACCAGACUCUUCGUCAUUGGCCUUCUCGAUCCCGAGGUCAAAUCAGAGCGUAUAUUCGCGUUUGCAGACCAAUCGACUUGGACAGACACUGUUGCCCGGCUCCGUCAGCUUCGGCCUGGGAAUACACGUAUCUCAAGCCCUUCUCCUAAUGGCGUUAGGGAUCGAGGGGAUGUUCCUCCCCGUGAGAGAGCCCAGAGUCUACUUCGGGGGUUUUAUGGACAGGCGGGCUUUGCUUCCGUUAGGGAAGCCCUCGCGAAGGACAUUGAAGGAUGGGGGUAA